AUGGAUCAUCUGCAAAGCUUCUGUCAGACCUGGGCCCUGACAGUUCAUCUGGAGACCUUCUGUCAGACCUGGGCCCUGACAGUUCAUCUGGAGACCUUCUGUCAGACCUGGGCCCUGACAGUUCAUCUGGAAAAGACCAGGAUUAUGGUUUUCCAGAAACGACCCAGGGCUGCCCACCCAGGUCAGCUGGAUAAGAGCAUGAGUCAUGUGAUCCUUCACGUCCAAUCAGCUGAGAUCAACCAGCACCUGUCAAUCCCCGUCAGCCGAACCAACGGCUUCCUGUUCAUCCAGAUCGACCAACCGCUGUACACCCCCCAUCCAGUCAAAGUGAGAGCGUUCAGUUUGAACCAGGAACUGAGGCCGGCCAAUCGGAGCGUCUUCCUGACCUUCAAGGACCCGGAUCGUACCACAGUGGACAUCGUGGAAAUGAUCGAUGUCAACAAUGGGAUCCCCUCGAUGCAAAACCCCUUCAAGAUCCCCAUUAAACCAAAGUUGGGGAUUUGGUCGAUUGAAGCUGCGUACUCUGAUGAUUUCACCACCACAGCGAGAGCAGAGUUUGAAGUGAAAGAAUACGUUCUUCCCAGUUUCUACAUCCUCGUGGAACCAGAGACUAACUACGUGAGCUCCGGAAACUUCAAGAGCUUCAACUUCAAGGUUUCAGCCAGGUACGUCCACGGGGCUCCGGUGGUGGAGGGCGAGCUGUUCCUGCGUUACGGAUACGUCAGCGGGACGAAUCCCCCGGUCAUCAUCCCCAGCUCCGUCACCAGAGAGAGGUUGUCCUCGGCAGGCGAUCUGGACGUGACGGUGAACAUGGAGAAAGUUCUGUCCAAACACGACGGACCCAGAGACCUGGACAGUCUGGUGGGGAAGUAUCUGUACAUCGCCGUGCUGCUGCAGGAGGACACAGGUGGGAUCACUCAGGAGGCGGAGUUUGCUGCAGUGAAGUUCCUAAAGUCUCCGUACAGACUGAGCCUGGUGUCCACGCCCCCCUUCAUCAAACCUGGACUCCCCUAUAACAUCCAGGUGGUGGUGAAGGAUCACCUGGACCAACCGGUGAACAGCGUCAAGGUGCGCCUGGUGGAGAGGCAGCUGUUCAAAAAGGGGGGGGCGAGCGAGGAUCUGCCCUGCACCCUGAGCUCCGUCAGCCAAUCAGACGGCAUCGCUAUGUUCAUCUGCAACACGCCGCGCGAGGGGGUCCGGGCGCUGCUGAAGUUUCAGACGGAGGACACGACCCUCCCAGCAGCCUCUCAGGCGCUCCUGGUCCUCGAUGCGUUGGCCUUCCACUCCCCGAACCAGCGCUACCUGCACAUUGACCCCCCGAUGCCGGGCAGCAGCCUGGAGGCCGGGCACUUCUGCAACAUCAAGGUGUACUCUGCCUCGCCCUCCUACGUUCCAAUCAAAGCGCUCAGCUACCUGGUGCUCUCCAAAGGAAAGGUGGUGGAAUUCGGCAGUCAGAAGUUCGUCUCCAGCGACGAUCACAGGCAGGUGCUGAACUUCCAGGUGACGCCGGCGAUGGUGCCGUCCAUCAGGCUGCUGGUGUACUACAUCCUGUUCGGGGAGGGGACCUCAGAGCUGGUGGCCGACUCCGUCUGGCUGGACGUCAAAGGGAAGUGUGUCAACGGCCUGCAGACUGACCUCUCCUAUAGUGCUGGCGUCUACAAGCCGAAGCAGAACCUCCGGUUGGACAUCAGAACCAAUCAGGACGGACUUGUGGCUCUUUCCGCCGUUGACUCCGCCCUCUUCGCGCUGAAACCCAACUACAGAGACCCAGUUUCCAAGGUAAUGUCUCACCUGGAGCAGAGUGACCUGGGCUGUGGGGGGGGCGGCGGCCGGGACAGUGCUGACGUCUUCCGAUUGGCCGGACUCACCUUCAUCACCAACGCCAACGCCCAACCGUCAGCCAGCAGUGCAGCUUGUACAGCAGCUGUGCGUCCGAGGCGAGCUCUGACUGAAGAGGCGAAGGUGAAGAAAGCGGAGAGCUACGGUCCGGUGAAGACCUGCUGUGAGCAGGGGAUGAGGUAUAUCCCUAAGAGCGUGACGUGUCAUCAGUUCUCUGUUCAGCGCUUCAAAAAGCACCCCCGCUGCAGACACGCCUUCAGAGCCUGCUGCGAGUUCAUGCAGCAGAACCUGGACCAGGACCAGGACCUGGUGCUGGGGCGGCACGAGCUGGGUGCAGAGUUCGACGUGGCCCCCUCUCUGGUGCGGAGCUACUUUCCCGAGAGCUGGAUGUGGGAGGUGCAGCGAGUCAGCUCGGGGCAGAAGUCGGCCAUCAGGCCUCUCCCAGACUCUCUCACCACCUGGGACAUCAGGGCCGUCGGCGUCUUCAGCAACGGUGUGUGUGCAGCAGACCCGGUGCAGGUGUCUGUGGCCCUGCCUCUCAGUGUGGACGUCCCGCUGCCGUACCAGCUGGUGAGAGGAGAGCAGCUGGAGCUGAGGGGCUCCGUCUACAACCAGCAGCUGGACACCAUCCAGUUCUGCGUGACGCUGACGGCCGGCCCGGCUCUCUGCCUGCAGGAGUCCCAGCCGGGGGUGGGGGGUCUGCACAGCACGGCCUGCACCUGGAGGCGCCUCUCAGCCGGGGGGGUGGGGAAGGUGGAGUUCACCCUGCUGGGGCUGGAGCCCGGAGAGCACACUCUGACCUUCACCCUGAAGACCAAGGGGGGCGGGAGGGACGUCCUGGAGAAGAAGCUGAGGGUGGUGCCUGAAGGAAUGAAGAAGGAGGUGUUUUCUGGAGGAAGGCUGGACCCCCAGGGACUCUAUGGUUCAGAGAAGAGAGUCGUGGAGCUGAGGAACAAACUUCCCACCAACAUUGUUCCCAACACGGCUGUGGAGAGGAUGAUCACUAUCAAUGGUGAGGUCCUGGGGGACUUCCUGUCGGUGAUGCACUCCCCCCAGGGCCUGCGCCAGCUGAUCAACCUGCCGGCGGGCUCAGGUGAGAUGGAGGCGGGGGGGCUGCUGCUGCGGUCUCAGUUGUAUCUUUACCUGGAGAGCAGCCGGCGCUGGGAGGCGCUGGGAGGAGACAUCGAGAAGAGCUCUGCGGACCUGAGGAGGACCAUCACAGAGGGUCUGGUUGCAAUCAGUUCAUUCAGAGGAGACUCGAGCUACAGCAUGUGGGUUAAGAGAGAACCCAGCACCUGGCUGACGGCCCUGGUGGUGCGGACCCUCUCUCUGGUGGACCCCGUGGUGUCUGUGGACCACCAGAAGCUCUCAGAGUCCGUUUCCUGGCUGAUCCGAGACCAGCAGCAGCAGGACGGAUCCUUCAGAGACCCGUCCUCCGUCAGACCCAACAGAGUCAUGGCUGAAGGGACGCCUGCUCUCGAUAGGUCCGUUUAUCUGACCUCCUUCGUGCUGAUCUCUCUGCAUCGAGCCACGAGCAUCAAAGACCCAAUACUGCAGCUCAGGUUCCACGGUGACAGCAUGAUGUCUGCAGUGAACUACAUUACCCAGCAUGCCCCUCGGGUAAAGAGUGUGUAUGUGCGUGCCGUGGCGACCUUUGCUCUGACGCUGCGAGACGCCAGCAGCCCCAUAGCCUCCGAGCUGAUGGUCAGUCUGGAGAAACUGGCAAGAGACAAAGGUCACCCGGCAGAGCUCAGGUAUUGGCAGGAGGCCAGCGUGGCAGCUGAUUGGCUGAAACCCGACGAAUCCAGCGGUCUGACGGUGGAGACCACGGCGUACGUCCUGCUGACCGUGCUGCUCAAGGGGAGGAUUCCUUACGCCAACCCCAUCCUGGCAUGGCUGACCCAGGAUCAGCACUACGGAGAGGGUUUCUACUCGGUACAGGACACCGUGUUGACUCUGGAGUCUCUCACUGAGUACAGCAGAGUCGUCCCUCGAGCCGUCCUCAAUCAGGACAUUAAUGUUCGUUACGGCAGGAAGGGACCGCUGGGACGAGUUCAACUGAGCCAGAGCCGUCCUGUGGCCACGCCCAUCCAGGUGACGAAGGAGGACGCCAUCACCGUGUCCACGGGUUACGGGAGGGGCGUGUCCAAUGUAAAGCUGAAGACGGUGUACUAUGAGACCACCCCCCCGGCCCAGAACUGUAACUUUCACCUGACUAUCGAGGUGGUGGGCCCCAACAACUCCACAAAUGCCGGCAUGACUGCUCCUCACCUGGUCGCCUGUGCAAAGUAUAAGCCUCCUCCCAACGAGUUGGUCACAGAGUCCAGUCUGACGGUGAUGAAGAUCCAGCUGCCCACAGGUGUGGAGGCAUUCCUGGAGGACCUGAGACAGUUCAGAGACUCCGAGGAGCCGAGCAUCUCUCACUUUGAGCUGCAAGGAAACACUGUGAUCAUCCAGGCCGACUCUGUUCCUUCGGAGGACUUCCUGUGCGUUGGUUUCCGUAUCCGGACGGGCUUCAGGGUGGGGGGGGCGAGCGAGUCCCUGUUCAGCGUCUACGAGCCUCAGGACAAAGGCAGUGAAUGCACCAGACAGUUUUCCUACCAGCAGCAGAAGCUGCAGCGCCUCUGUGUGGACGAGAAGUGCCAGUGCAUGACAGCUGCGUGCGCCGCCUAUAGAGGAAACAUGGACCCCACGCUGACCGUCAACAAGCGCACCGCGGAGACCUGCAGGCCGCACAUUACAUACGCCUAUAGGGUGACGGUGAAGUCUGCAGCUGCAGAAGGAGACUUCAUGUCCUACACAGCCACCGUAGAGGAAGUCCUGAAGAACACGGACAAACAGUUGGAGGCGGUGAGUUCAGGGUCUGAUGUGGAGCUGGUGAAGAAGGUGACCUGCAGCUCGGUGGAUCUCCAGAACAGCAAACAGUACCUGGUGAUGGGAGCCAGCGGGUCGGAGGUCACGCUCAGCCGGGGCUUCAAGUAUCGUCUCCCUGUGGACUCGGAGGCGCUGGUGGAUCUAUGGCCGACAGUUUGUAGUUCUCCCGAGUGUACGGACUACAUUUCCCACCUGGAGGACUUUGCUCUGGACCUGCAGUUAUCCGGCUGUCCCAACUCAUUGUAACUGUACUUUUUAAUUGAAUACACGGGGAGAUAACAAAGGAUGAAUGUUAUUCGCUGACGAUGUAAACAGAUGUCUCCUUUAACACAGUGUGUCAUCAUGUCAUGUGCCAAUAAAGGUUACAUAAUCAAACACA